AUGGCAACACCAACUGCAGAGAACUUCCCGAAGCCCAAGUCCAUCAUCGGUGGCUGUCUCUGCGGAUCCAUCAGGCAUAAGGUGGAUUUUCCUGCGGACCAUGACUUUUUGAAGUGGAGCGGCAGUUGCCAAUGCACGCAAUGUCGGCGCAACACUGGCUCUGUGAUCUUCUUCUCUCACACAGUUCCUCUCAAAAUCAUAACCUGCACGACACCUGCCUCAAGCCCUAAGAACUAUGCUGCCAUGCCUGGCUACCAGCGCGAGAUCUGCACGAAUUGCGGCAGCUUCCUGUACUGGAAAGACGAGUCAUCCGAGGAUCUGGAGCUGGCCGUUGGAUGCGUUGACCCUGAGUAUUUGUUGAGGAAAAGGAUGGGUGGGUGGGUAGGCAUGGCAGGUGGUUAA